AUGGGCCAGGUGGAGGAGGCAGCAGAGGACCUCCCAGAAGAGCCCACCCAGGACCAGGAGGCAUCAGAGACUGAAGAGCAAUACGAUGAUGGGAGCAGGCCAGGAUCCCCACUGGAGGAAGAUCCUGUCCCUGUCCCAUCCAGGUCUCCAGUCCCUGGUCCUUCAACCCCUGCUGCUGCUGCACCAACACCCACUCCCAUAGGAAAAAGGAGGCGGCCACAACCCCCGGCAGAGCCAACGGCGGUGGAGCAGGCCAUUUUAUUCGCCCUGAAAGAGCGCCCUGUCCCUCCACCAACGGCCACCCGGGAGUUUAGCCACAUAGAGUAUUACCUCCUGAGUCUUGCUCCUUCCCUGGAGAGACUGUCCUUCUAUGACCUAGAGAGGGGCCACAUAAGUAACCGGAAUUGA